UAGUCACCUAGUGUGAGCGCAGCUUUUAAGAAGUGAAGUUAAAGUGCGCGCAAAGUAUUCUAAGAGCGUGUUUUUGUGUGUUUCGGAAACAAUUUGAUUUUUGUGUUUCUCUUCGGAAUGUCAAAAUACUGAGACAAAAUGGACUUUUCUAUUGUGAUUUGUGUCAAAAUGUGUUUGUUUGUGUGGUGUGGACUUAUAUCAAUUUCUUCAGUCUUCAGUUACAAUAUAGACACAAAUUUCCCCAAAGUAUUCAGAAGACCUAUCGGGGAGUAUUUUGGUUUUACCGUCGCCUUGCAUGAAAACAGAGAAGGUCCCAUGGCUCUUGUGGGUGCCCCUCGAGCAAAUUCAUCCAUAUUAAGGGAACAACUUCACCAACCAGGCGUGUUGUUCAGCUGUCCGAUAUUGCAAGAUGAUGUAAAUGUUGAAUGUCUAGAAGUAAAAUUGGAUGGUAGAGGAAAUACACAGACAGAAGGAGGAAAUGAGCACACUUAUUAUGAUAAAAAAGAUGAUAUGUGGCUUGGAGUCAGCUUGGAUAUUCAGCAACAUGCCGAACAAAAAGAUAUUGUUACUUGUGGUCAUUUGUGGAAGAACCAGGCUUACAUUGGUCUUUACCUACCAAAUGGGGUGUGCUACACUAUCAAUAGCGAACUGGAUCCAAACAGUGUUAAAAAGUUGGUACCACUAGUCACUAAAUCAAAACAGUCAAUAAAUUCUCCGGGUGUUUAUUACUACGCUUUUUCUCAACUUGGAUCGUCAGCAGCAUUUUCUGAGGACGGAAACCAUUUGCUUCUCGGGGCGCCCGGAUUUUUUGAUUGGUCUGGAACUGUGGUAAGUUACUCUUCUGAUCCGAAAGCAGUGCAUGAUAAUUAUGAAAGCCCAAUAAUCCCUGACCCACCUGGAGGGAUGAAUUCAUAUUCUUAUAUUGGUUACUCCGUUACAUCGGGAAAAUUUUAUGACAGCAACGACAUGUAUGUUGCAGUAGGAGCUCCUAGAGAUGGUGGAAGUCAUGGAAGAGUGUACAUAUUUAAAACAUUACUGCCUUCAGCAAGUAAAAUCAUGACUCAUCAACAAAAAGAAGGACUGCAGUUUGGUGAAUACUUUGGCGCAGCUGUUCUUGGUGUUGAUCUUAACAAUGAUAAACGGACUGAUUUACUCGUGGGAGCUCCUUUUGCGUCAUCUGAUUUAGAAGGUGAUGAAGGAAAAGUUUAUGUUUACAUCAGCAAUGGAAUGGGCUUAGAAGAGUACACACAAUUAACUGGAGAAAAUAAACCUAAUUCUCGGUUUGGUACAGCUAUUGCAAAUGCAGGAGAUUUGAAUCAGGAUGGCUAUAACGAUAUUGUAAUAGGAGCCCCUUACGAAGACGGAAGCGGCGCUAUUUACGUAUACCAUGGUUCCAAGAGUGGAUUGUCUAAACUGUUUGUCCAGAAAAUUUCUGCUGCUGAUAUUAGUCCUUCUCUAUCAGGAUUUGGAAUUCAUAUUUCCCGAGGGUUGGAUAUAGAUAGCAAUCAAUAUCCUGAUGUCCUUGUUGGAGCCUACUCUUCAUCCACAGCUGUACUCUUCAGAACCCGACCAGUUGUUCAAGUGUUACCAGAAAUUUCUUUUAAUCCGAAACAACUGAAUACAAAUAUUACUUCCUGUGAAUAUGAAGGAAAGAAAACAUCUUGUGUAAAUGUUACAAUUUGCCUAAGCUACAGAGGAAAGCAUGCUCCACUCUCAUUAGAAUUUGAGAAUGAAGUCUUCAUUGAAUAUGCAGCUCAAAAUUUGAUUUCCUCCAGAGGAUUUUUUAUUCACAAUGGAAUCAGAAGUUCUGUCUUCAAACAAAAGUCAAAACUGGUAAUUGAUGAAAAUAACUGCAUAACAAAUGAGCUACUUAUUCAACCUGGUAUAAAAGAUGUCAUAACUCCAAUUCAGAUUUUAUAUAGUUGCAAGUUGUCGGAGGUUGCAAACAAUAACAUACAUUUCAACAAAUCAUUUCCUGUGAUACAUCCCGAGUCUCCCACAAAUAUUACUUCUGCCGUAACUUUCCAAACGGGAUGUGGAAAAACUGAUGAAUGUUUUUCUGACCUAGUUGUAACUGCAAAAAUACUGGAAGAUCCAAAAGAUAAUACUUUAAUUAUCGGAAGGGACACAAAAAUUACGUUGCUUAUAGAAGUCAGUAACAAAAGAGAACCAGCAUAUCUGUCUGAAUUAUGGAUACGCCUACCUACAGAGAUAACUAGUAUUAAUCAAGAUUUUUGCUCCUCUUUGAGCGAUCAACAAAAGCAGAAAAGCAAUGCAAGCUUAUUUUGUGACUUGGGAAAUCCUUUUGUGAAGGGAAAAGAGACAAAGAUUCAAAUCAAACUUGAUGUAAGUAGAGUUCCAACAGCUAAAAAGAAGAUAUUCAUUUUUUUGGAUGCAAAAACAGUGAGCACAGAAGUGUUUCCUAAGGACAACAGUGUCUUAAUUCCUAUCAACUUUAAAGCUGUGUCUGAUAUUAGCAUUUCUGGUAACCCUUCGGAACAGAUUCCUUACAAUGAAGAAGCACAUGGAUAUGUUCCAGUGUCUAUAAGCCAUACAUAUUUUAUUACGAAUCAUGGCCCAAGCCCAGUCCAAACAGUUGAUAUCGAGUUAUAUGUACCAAUAUCAUAUCAAGGUCAAGAAUUUGUGACUUUUACAAGUUUAGAGGCUGACAGUGGAAAACCUGGUAUAAUUUCAGCAAAGUGCAAUGAUACCUAUCUUCAGAUUAAGCCUAUUGAACCAGAUGAAAAAAUACAUGGAAGUAUAAGUCCUGAGAAAGAACUAGUUUUUAAGGAACGAAAUGGUUCAAAUAUCAAUGAUAGUGAAGAAUACAUUUUUAAUAAGCCAACCAAUUUAGAGGAAAUGUCUGUCACAUCUCGUUCGAAAAAGAGUGCAACUAUGACUACUAAAAAAAGAAAAGAUUUCAUUAUUAAUUGUGAUACUGCAGAAUGUAAAGCCAUUCAAUGCUCUACAUCGCCAUUUCAAAACACAAGAAGCAAUGCAAAGAUCAAAGUUUCUGUUUUAGUCAACAUGUCCUUGCUAAAUGAAUUUUUGGACCCUUGGUAUAAAAUCGAAUUUGUGACGAAAGGAAAAGUAACUAUUAGAGGAGAUAAUGGAGAUCUUCAACCUAAGGAACAUUAUCCUGACAGUACAGCAGUGAAAACUGUUAUUGUUCAUCCCGGACCUCCACCUUCAGAAGAAAUCGACCAGUGGAUCAUAUUUGUUAGCAUAGGUGUUGGUGUAUUCCUACUAAUAUUAAUUCUUAUUUUGUUGAUUCAUUUUGGAUUUUUCAAACGAAAACAAAAGGAAAAAAUGAAGGAAAUGAUGACAGAAUCCAACGCAAAGGACUAUGAGCCUAUAAAUGAUGUUGAAAGCAAUGAUAAGCUGUCAGAUUAAUAGAGAUUUUAGACAAAGAGACUGAGAUGUGAAAAAAAAAAAAAAAAAAAAAACUUGAAAAAGCAGAGUAGGGUUUCCUUUGAAAAGCUAUUCAAUUGAAAUGCCCACUAAUUGAAGACUGAAUGGACGAAUGUAUGAAGUGGUUAAGCAUGAUUCAAAUGUGCCAUCUUCAUAUAAAUAUAAGAAACUUAUCCAUUAAUGCAUUUUAAAUUUCAUGUAUGUACAACCAAGCUUUAUAAUGUGAUAAAAUCAACGGAUCUCAAGUUCCUCUGAAGGUCUCGCACAAAGCAAAAAUCUUCAUCUACUAACUUUAAAUGCAGAAACUGAGCAUUUGUGAAUCUUGUGUACACAUAUAUAUUAAGAAAAUGAGAGCAGGAGAUAAAGAAAAUUACUUAUAGAUUCUGUUGUUGAACUACUCGAAUGAAAUUCACUUUCUAAUACAAAUUUUAAUGCUGAAAAGAAGUAUUUCUUCAACAAACAAUUCAAACAGCUGAGAGACUAUAAGUUGUCAGACUCUAACGUAAGUGUAUAUAUAUAUGUUGUGUGCUUUAUGUUCUUUCAUACAUCAUAAAUGUCAUGUCAGUUUCUUAGUACAUGGGUUUUUGAUGCUUUAUGUUCUUUCAUACAUCAUAAAUGUCACGUCAGUUUCUUAGUACAUGGGAUUUUGAUGCUUGAAAUAAUUGCAUACUUUUCAAAUGGUUGAGUCUUUUGCUGUACUUAUAUUUUACUUUAUGUGAUCUUUCUUUGUGAUGUUUUCCAAAUCUGAAGGAAAGUUAGUUCACCGCAGCGUAUUUUUUGAGCAGGCUCUUAAAACUCUUACCUUGUUGCAACUAUUUAGCUUAAAACUUACAAACCAAUGAAUAAUAGAAAAAAUGCUCUCUUAUAUAACAUAAGAAAAUACAAAAACUUGGUGUCCUGUUUUUUGUCUUUUUUUGCACAUGUAAAUAGCUUUAAUGUUGAAGUGUGUAGUGUUUUGUCAUUCUCAAGUUCCUUUUAAAUGUUUUUGUGCAUUAGUUUUAUAUUUUAAGAUGUUUUCCUUUAUUUUUGAGGAGACUGUUUUACACUCUUCCCCCAUCAAUACACACAAUUUUGUGGUUUGUUAAAAAAAAAAGUUACAUUAGUAAAAAAUCUAUCAUGCAAAAGUAAAUAUUUCAUUUUUGUGCACAAAAAUUUUUGGAAUUAAAAUUUGUUACAUAAAUCAUGCUUUCUAAUGAAAAUAUUUUGUCUUAAAGGUCAUAUUUUUAAAACACAGUUUAAAUUAUCUUUGAUGGUUUUACCCAUUGUAAGAAAUUUAGCUUUGCAUAAACUAUAAAUAAUAGUAAAUAAUUAUUUUUCUAGUUUGCAUAACUUUAACUUCAGCACAUACAACUGUAAUGAGCUUGUGAAAAUAGGUUAUAAUUUCAAUGUAGAUAUUAAGAUUUUUUCACAUUGAUUUAAAAUUUCUUUCAGUCUGAUUUUGUAAGCUGUUGUUAAUUUAAUGCGGAAUUUAUAUUAUGUGGAUUUGAAAUUUUUACGGGACAAAAGUGGAAAAACAGUGGUUUAAGACAAAAUGCUUUUGAAUUUUAAAAACAAGUUUCUUUUCAAAUAUGCUGAAUACAAUCGAUCAUAUUUCUUUUAAUCUAUUAUCUGUACAGAAAGCAUCAUAGUAAAUAUUUACUGCAGAAUAACUAUUAUUAGCAUAAGUAGUUUUUGAAAAUAUGUCUAGUUUUAUAUUUCUUUUUUUACUUUUUUUUAAAUUUUAUUUUGCUAGUACACUAAAAUUUUAUUUGUUGUAUAUGCAGAUUGCUCUUCAUUUGAUAUUCACUCUGUAUAAAAGAUAUGAAAAAAAGCUCUUUCCAUUUUAUUUAUUUUCCAUUGUAUAUAUAUCUAUCAUCUUUCAUUCAUUGUUUUUUAAAUGAACAUUUGUACCAUAUUGCUUCAAGUUCAUGUGGAUAAUUUAGAGCUUAAGUUAUGUAAACAGGAAACUGCUAAACGUUGAAUUUUUCUUACUGACAUGAACAAAAGUACAGUUUCAAUGAAUGUGGGCACAUUCAUUUGUUUCUAUUAUAUAAUGAAAAUUUAUUACUAUAUUCAACGUUUUACCAAAGCUAUAUGCUUUAAAGUUUUUGAAACACAUAUGCAAGUAAGUUUGACAAAUUAACAAGAUAUUAUGUUCAAAAAAGAGCAUGAGUGCUUUUUGCUGAAAAAAAUAUUUUUGCAUAAAAAUAGUAGAUAUUAAAUAUUAUAAAAUACUGUGCAUAAAAUUAAUUGAAAUCUGUGUAAUUUAUUUUUAUCUGAACAUUUUAUUUCAUUAUGCUUUCUGUACUGUAAAUAAUUGUUUUAACAAAAGCAUACAAUUCUUUAAAUUUUACUUGAAAAUUCACUUUUUGUGAUACUUGAAACUACAUUCAAUCUUAAUUACUGAGAAAGGAAUAAUACUAACCUUUUAUCCUGAACAAAAUAUAUCAGUCCCCCCCCCCCCUUAUGUCUUUACUUUUAAGCAUUGUUACAUAAUACAUCUUAGCAUUGUCAGAAAGCUGAAAUAAUGUGAUAUAAGCAUUUUAUAGGUUAGUUUUUUUUUUUCAUUUAAAUUACUAAUGACUUUCCUUUUUUUUAUAAAUCAAAAUAAAGCAAAAUAAAUGUUUUAUUUUGGAAUUCAAGUGAUUGACUAUUUUACAGAAUGCUGACACAAAGAGAAAACAUGUUCAUUGAAACUUAAUUUUCUUCAUUUAAAAUAUAUGAAAAUUUUAAAAUUUCAUUUUGGUUUUUGUAAAAAGCUGCAUUAAGUUUUGGAAGUGAAAUAUUUUUUUUAAUAGAAGUGCAUAUUUUUAUGGAAUUACAAAUGAGUAAAUGUAUGUGAUUUACAUUGAAAAUAAAAGUUUUUCUUUUUUUUUUU